UAGGAGUCCGUGUCUAUAAGAUCUGGGGCGCUUACCCAAAGCUCUCAUCCCUGUUCUGCUCUUCUGCCUUUCUCUCUCUAGCUUCUUUUCAUCUCUCCCUCCAUUUCUCAUGGCCAAGGCUAGGAUCUUCUUAGCACUGUUUCUCCUGUUACUUCUGGUGGAGUUGGACGUGUUCACUGGACCAUGGGUAGUUGGAGUAGAGGGCAUAGAUUGUCCUUCAAAGUGUGAUUACCGCUGCAGCAAGGCAUCACGGCAUAAGAUUUGCAUAAGGGCCUGCAACACUUGCUGCCAAAGAUGCAACUGUGUCCCACCAGGGACCUCUGGGAACAGAGACGUGUGUCCCUGCUAUGCUAAUAUGAAAACUCAUGGUGGUCGUCUUAAAUGCCCCUAGAAGAUAAUAAAUCUUGCAAGAGCUAGCCACGCACAGAUCCAUGAACAUCACUGGUGGGGUUUGAAACUGUUUAAUGUCUAUGAUAUACAAUAUCAGUAGUUUUCGUAAAGAAUAAGUAUGUGCUCUACAAGCUGUCUCCAGAGUUGGGUACACUUCAUACUCUCACUUUAUAGCUGUGUUUAACAAUAUAAUACUAUUUCUACCAAAAAAAAACAAUAUAAUACUAUGGUUGAACUGAUAUUGGUGAAUA